AUGGAAAUUGAUAAUUUGUCAGAUAUCUUUGGAGACUUUGAAUUUAAUGAGGAUAAUGAAUUUUUUAUGGAUGAUCAAGGCGAUAUUGAAGAAAAUUUUGAGAUGCUUUAUGAUGAGCAAGAGACUGUCGAUUAUAAAGAGGAAACAACGGAAUCCUUGGAUGAAUUAACAAGUCGUUAUUUUCCAAGUGACGAAAAUCUUACUCUUGAAUCUUAUGUAAUAGAGCAUCAUAAAACAUUGAACAGUAAACGAUGUGGAUUGCCAAAUCAUGUCUCACUUCGUGACAGAAAUGGCUUAUAUAAUGAAAAUGAAAUACUUCAUAAAAGGCCGUCAAAAAAAAAUCAGAAUAAAAAUGAAAUGUUCUCAUCAAAUAAAUCUUUAAAAUCAUUCGAUAAACUGACUCAUGCUCCUCGAAAAUUUAAACCUAUUAUUUUCGACAUUACUCCGGAAAGCGUUCAUAAUGGGAAGACCAAGAGAGAUAUGUCUAGAGUUGGAAAAGAUCACAUGUUACCAAAGUUCAAACCCAUUGUUUUCGAUCUUCCCCAAGAAAACCUUCAAAAUGGAGAGACUACCGAAAAUAACGACGGUCUGAUGUCAUGCGCAUCUUUUGAAAGUCAAUCAACAAAAAGGAGAAAGAGUAAUAAUAGUGUAAUGUCGCGUUUGACCUUUCUUAAUGGAUGCGACGUUAUGUCACGUGUCUCUUUUAUUGGAACGGGAGAUGUUAUGUCGCGCAUUUCUUAUGUGGGAAAAGAUACAGAAUCGCUUAAUAACAACGUAAUGGCACGUGUAUCAUUCGUAAAUAAUGAUUCAGAAUCACUUAACGACAUAAAUAGAGUGACAUCGCAUCUAACCUUUCUUAAUCUUGGCAAAGAAAAAUACACUAAUAAAAUAUCCACUAAGGCAAGUCAUUUUAAAGUCGCAAAAAAUGAUUCUAUUUUGCGGGCUAUUCAAGUUGAUUCAUACAUUGAUGAUCUUUAUAACGAGGAUGAAACUUCCGAUGGUGAGGCUGAUCGGCUAUCAGUUACUUUACUCCUCCAAACACUCACCAUUGGAAAUUUUAUCAACCAUUAUCCUUGUGCAAUUUCUCUCAAUCCGACUACCCAAUCUAUUUGUUUUACUAACUUAAUGGCAAAUACCAGUACAUCUGGUGAUACAUCUCGUCUUGAAAUCCAUAUCAAAGGAUUUGAACAUUAUACUAGGAAUGAUAAACUCAUAGAGCUGUUAUUGGCGAGCAAAGUUUCAAAAUGGUUAAUACCUGUGAGAACAAUAUUAAACGACAAUGAAAUACACCUUUCUAUUGAUCCAUCAGAAGGUGAAAUUGCUAAAGCGGGUAAAAUUUCAAUGAUUGUAUCUGAUCAAGAAAAUUCUGAUAAGCUGAAAGCCAUGGAUAACGCUUUUAGAAAAUUACAAAUAGAAGCCACAGACCCUUUGGACAUUACUAUGGUAUCUUAUGAUAAAAUGCUGAUACCAACUUUAAUAAAUUAUGAAAAAUUCCGAUUUCAUUAUGAUCUGCCUUAUGUUACUACACUAAAAAACCUCCUUGAAAUAUUGCGAAAACGCUUAAAUUCAAAAAUAAUUUCACCACCUCUUUAUUAUACAUCCGAUAGUAAAAGGACUUUUGUUAUUGAAAAUGAAGAAAAUUGGGAGGAAUGUAAGAAAAUGGUUGCUAAAGAGAGGCAUGAGUGUGAAAAUAUCAUGGGUAAUGAAGCAAUUUUGGAUUUGUAUGUAACAAACAAUAAUAUGGAGAAUAGCAUUGAAAUGUAA